AUGUCUAAGAAAUUAUUUGCGAUCUUUAAUGUGAAUAAACCGUCUAUUGUGGCCCCGGUUUGUACUAAUGUCACAGACGAUACUGACCCAGACGACUCUUUAAGUAGUCUAGGAAGUAUAACUACAGUUGAAUCUACAAAAGUAAAAUGUGUCGAUUUGGUACCUAAGACUUGUGAUCUAGGAACUUUACUGACUGGUCCAUCUCGUCCGGUACUUGAGGCAAUUAUCCGGUCAAGAGGAAAAAAAGGAAAUAGACAGAGUAAAUUGCAUGGACAUUCGACUAGUAAACAGCAUUUAACUUGCAUGGCCAAAUGGGAAGCUUAUAUUUCUACUACAAUAACAGGAAGUGUCCACUCUCAAGUAGCAUCAAGCCACAAGCUUCUCGUAGAAAAAAAUGCCCAAUAUGUUAAAACUCUUGUUGAUAUAACAUUAUUUUUGAGCUGCCAAGGAUUAGCGUUUAGAGGACAUGAAGAAUCAAGGCUCUCACUAAAUCAAGGAAAUUUUAAAGAAAUUUGCAAUUUAAUUGCAAAACACUAUCCAGAAUUUGCAGAAAAGUUUCAAAAUACUACCAAUUACACUAGUCAUACUGUGCAAGAUGAGUUGGCUAAUUUAUGUGCUGAGAACAUAAGACAUAAAAUUACAAAAGAAAUUGAAGACACUAAAGUUUUUGGUAUAAUGUGUGAUGAAGCUAGGUGUUUUAAGCAAGAAAAAAUGUCUUUAUGUGUAAGGUAUACUGUUGGCCUUAAUAUUGUAGAACGAUUUCUGGGAUUUAUUGACGUUUCUGACAAACAAGAUGCUGAAUCCUUAAGUGUCCAUAUAUUUGCUUACCUUACUAAAAAUAACAUGGACACGUUUCAUAUUGUGGCACAAUCCUACGAUGGGGCAAAUGUUAUGUCUGGAAAGUUCAAUGGUGUUCAGGUUAAAAUUAAAAAUAAAUUUCCAUAUGCCAUUUAUACGCAUUGUAUGGCCCAUCGUAUAAAUCUUGUAGUAAUCGACAUGUGCAAAUAUGUUAAGGAAACUAGGACUGUUUUCAAUACCAUUGAAGGGUUAUAUAUCCAGGACUGUUUUCAAUACCAUUGA